GCCGGUUGGCUGGGCCGGCAGGUGUGGGCUGGCCUUCGCGGGCUGUGCGGCGUGGGGCGGCCCCUGACUGGCGCCUCACGGGGAGCUGCAGGCUUGCGCCAGGCCCAGAGGGUGAGACACGGACGAGGCUCCCCACCCGCGUCCGCCGGCGUGCUGGGCCUGGAGCGCGCUGCACGGCUGGGCUCCAGGCCGGGUCCUAGGCUGCCCUUCCGUGCCCGCCUUUUGUGACAGUGACCACCGGCCCCGAUUGGCUUACGCAGGAUUCUCUGCCCUUGUCUAGGAGAACAGUCAGGACACAGAUGGCCCCAAGACUACCAAGAGCCCAGAUGCAGGAAUCGCUGACAUUUGGAGAUGUGGCUCUGGCCUUUACCCAGAUUGAGUGGAGACACCUGGAUGCUGCCCAGCGGGCCCUAUAUAGGGAUGUGAUGCUGGAAAACUAUGGGAAUCUGGUGUCUGUGGGGCUUCUCGCUUCCAAACCAAAACUAAUCUCUCAACUGGAACAAGGGGCAGAGCCCUGGAUGGAGGUGGAAGAGAUUCCAUUCAGUACUUGUACAGUCGAGGACUACUGGUUUGAAACAAGGAUGUCAGCUCUAAAGCAAAAUGCUUCUGAAGGAUCUCUUCUGGGAGAGCAAACAACAAGUUUCAUGUUGGAAAGAGGUCUGGAUUGGGAGGGCAGAAGCUCCACAGGGAAGAACUAUAAAUGUGAGGAGUGUGGGAAAGUCUUCAAAUAUAUUUCCUCCUAUAUUAACCACCAGAGAAAUCAUACUAGUGAGAAACCACAUAAAUGUAAAGAAUGUGGGAUAGCCUUCGUGAGCUUUUCAUCCCUUUUAAAUCAUCUCAAAAUUCAUGUAGGCAAAGAAGCUUAUAGAUGUGUGGAAUGUGGGAAAUUCCUCAAGAAGCACUCAACAUUUAUUAACCACCAGAGGAUUCAUUCUAGAGAGAAACCCCAUAAAUGCAAUGAAUGUGGAAAAGCUUUCAGAAAGAACUCUAUCCUUUUAAGUCAUCAGAGGAUUCAUACUGGUCAGAAACCCUACAAAUGUCAUGACUGUGGGAAAGCCUUCGCUCAGAAUGCAGCCCUUACUCGUCAUGAAAGAAUACAUAGUGGAGAGAAGCCUUUCAAAUGUAAUGAAUGUGGGAAAGCUUUCAGGGAUAACUCAACUGUGUUGGAACAUCAGAAAAUCCACACUGGUGAGAAACCCUAUCGGUGCCAUGAAUGUGGAAAAACCUUUAGGAGGAGUUCAACUCUUAUUAGUCAUCAAAGAAUGCAUACAGGAGAGAGACCCUAUCACUGUAGUAAAUGUGGGAAGUCUUUCAGGUAUAGUUCAUCCUUUUCUGGACAUCAGAAAAUUCAUAGUGGCAAUAAACCCUACCAGUGUAAUGACUGUGGGAAAGCCUUUAUGAAGAGCUCAACCCUUACUGGACAUCAGAGAAUUCAUACUGGAGAAAAACCCUUUCAUUGUAAGGAAUGUGGGAAAUCCUUCCGGCACAGCUCAGGCCUUUUUGAACAUCAUAGACUCCAUACUGGAGAAAAACCUUAUAUAUGUCAUGAAUGUGGGAAAGCUUUUUCUCAAAGUUCAGCCCUUAAACAACAUAAGAAAAUUCAUAACAGAGAGCCAUCAAAUGUAGUUAGUGUGGUAAAUUAUGUAGAAGUAGUUUAUUCCUUCUGACCAUGAAAGAGUAGACAUUCAAUAAAUUAGACAUUUAACAAGAAUAUUCUGUGUAUCUCUAUCUGAGAAAACUUUUCACUUGUGAGGCUGUUCAUUGUAGUGUGGUUUACACUAGUGAAAUAUUUGAAGAACUUAAAUGUCUGUCAAUAUGGAAAUAAUUACUAUAAGAGUAUUACUGAGUUGUCUGAAAAGCCUUGAUGUAUUCUUUAUGUUUUUCUAUGCAAAAAUGUGUCAUGACUUUUCUGACAACCCAGUAUGUAUUGGUUGAAGAGAAUGAAAUAGAACCCUAAAUAUAGCAGUAGAAGUAUACCUUAAGGUAAAAAAAGUUAGUUGCAGAAAAUCUAUUGGGUUUUCUGGAAAGUUAUAACACAUUUUUGCGUAGAAAACAGAAAAAUAUGUUGUGACUUUUCUGACAACCUAAUAUAUAGU